CCGGAGUCCGGGCUGUGUCCCCACCAUGGGCAGCAAGCAGACUGUCUUCACUCAUGAGCAGCUGGAAGCGUAUCAGGACUGCACGUUCUUCACAAGGAAGGAGAUCAUGAGGCUCUUCUAUCGCUACCAGGACCUGGCCCCUCAGCUCGUCCCACUGGACUAUACCAGCUGCCCCGAUGUGAAGGUGCCCUACGAGCUCAUUGGCAGCAUGCCUGAGCUGAAGGACAACCCCUUCCGCCAGAGGAUCGCCCAGGUCUUCUCGGACGACGGAGACGGCCACAUGACUCUGGACAACUUCCUAGACAUGUUUUCUGUGAUGAGUGAGAUGGCUCCCCGUGACCUCAAAGCCUAUUACGCUUUUAAAAUUUAUGACUUUAACAACGACGACUACAUCUGCGCCUGGGACCUGGAGCAGACGGUGACCAAGCUGACGCGGGGGGAGCUGAGCGCCGAGGAGGUGACCCUGGUGUGCGAAAAGGUGCUGGACGAGGCUGAUGGGGACCAGGACGGGCGGCUGUCCUUGGAAGACUUCCAGAACAUGAUCUUACGGGCACCCGACUUCCUCAGCACCUUCCACAUUCGCAUCUGACAGCGCCACGGAGGAGACACUGAGCUACAGCAGGGGCGGGUUGACCCUUCGCCCCACCAUGGAGUCUCGUCUCGGCGAAUAAACACAAGUCACUGACUCACA